UCACUUAUAGUUUACAUCAUGUAUUUUUUAAGACAUCUGUACAGAUAAUUAAAUGGGGCAUAUGUUAUACAAAAUCAAUGCAGGUGUCUGAGAUAAGUGCUACGUAACUCGUGAAAGUGAAAAUGGCCAUGUAAAUGUCUGCAUACCACGACGAUUGUCUAAUAAGAAUACUUGUAUACGUAUUAAUAGAUUAUUUUGUAAUGAAAAUCGAUUAUGAUGAUUAAACACUAAUUUAAAUAUAAAAAAUUAAUUUGACGUAGUAAAACAUGCAAACAAAUUUAAAAACAAAAGAAAUGUUUAUAGUUCGAGCUUUGGAAAAAAUCCUUGCGGAUAAGGACAUUCGUAGAUCACAUCAUUCUCAAUUAAAACGAGCCUGCGAGUUAGCUUUAGGUGAAAUAAAAACAGAAUUAAAAGAUGGAGGAGAAGAUACAACUCUUAAUUCAUCAGCUACACUACCUCUACCAAAAAAUGAUUCAAAUAUCAUAAAUGCAGAAAAGUAUUUUCUGCCUUUUGAAUUGGCAUGCCAGAGUAAAUCAUCCAGAAUUGUUGUCACGGCUUUAGACUGUCUCCAAAAACUAAUCGCAUAUGGGCAUCUUACUGGAAACAUACCAGAUUCCACUGCUCCUGGGAAAUAUCUAAUAGAUCGGAUUGUGAAAACUAUUUGUUUAUGUUUUACUGGCCCUCAAACAGAUGAAGGUGUACAAUUACAAAUAAUAAAAGCAUUGCUCACAGUGGUAACAUCUCAGCAUGUUGAAGUGCAUGAAGGAACGGUUUUAGAUGCUGUGCGGACUUGUUACAAUAUAUAUUUAGCUAGUAAGAACUUAAUUAACCAAACUACAGCCCGUGCCACCUUACAGCAAAUGUUGAAUGUUAUUUUUACACGUAUGGAAAAUCAAGCUUUUGAAGUACCUCAAACUAAAACUGAUGAAAAUGUUGAUGAAAGUGAAAAUGGCAUUACUGCAGAGGAUGUGGUCAUAGAUGUUUUGAAUGAAAUUAUUAAUAACGUUGUGAAUUUAAGUGAUAAUGUGCCUUCUACAGGAAGUGAAUCAAAAAGUUUAGAAGUGAAUAAUGAACAACAAACACCAGAUAAUACUUGUCAUGAAAAUCAUAAAGAUGAAUGUGAUAGUAGAAUUGAGGUAAAAGAAAAUUUAAAUGAAAGCAAUCAAACAAAUACAUCUAUAAAUGAAAUUUCUUCUUCUGAAACGGAUGUUAAUGAGAAAUGUGAUACAAGUUCACUGGAUAUGAAUGGCAGCAUCGGGAAUAACAUAAGUCGCAUACCUUCUCAAGAGAGUAUGGAUACUCAUAGUGAAAAUGAUAGCAUAAAUACUGCACAAUUUACACAUAUUUUGCAAAAAGACGCUUUCCUUGUUUUUCGAGCACUUUGCAAGUUAUCUAUGAAAGCUCUACCAGAAGGAGUUCCUGAUCCAAAAUCACAUGAACUACGAUCAAAAGUCUUGUCUUUACAUUUGCUGCUAUCUAUACUCCAAAGUGCUGGACCAGUAUUUCGCAAUAAUGAAAUGUUCAUAACAGCAAUUAAGCAAUAUCUUUGUGUGGCCUUAUCUAAAAAUGGUGUAAGCUCAGUACCAGAAGUUUUUGAAUUAUCGCUUUCUAUAUUUUUAGCAUUGUUAUCAAAUUUCAAAACUCAUUUAAAAAUGCAAAUUGAAGUAUUCUUUAAGGAGAUAUUCUUAAACAUUCUUGAGACCACAAGCUCAUCAUUUGAUCACAAGUGGAUGGUUAUUCAAGCUCUGACAAGAAUUUGUGCAGAUGCGCAGAGUGUUGUAGAUAUUUAUGUAAACUAUGAUUGUGAUUUGUCUGCAGCAAACUUAUUUGAGCGUCUCGUGAAUGAUUUAUCAAAAAUUGCUCAAGGGCGACAAGCAUUGGAAUUAGGUGCCACUCCGAUUCAAGAGAAAACCAUGAGAAUACGUGGAUUAGAAUGUUUAGUUUCUAUUUUGAAAUGUAUGGUUGAAUGGAGCAAGGAUUUGUAUGUUAAUCCCAAUUCUCAAACCACACUUGGAGCGACCAAAUCUAAUAAGGAUUUGGAACCUGAUAAUAAUUCUAGUACUCUAAAAUCUCAUGGUGGCUCAACGGUCAGCUUGAAUUCCCAAGGCUCUAGUAUAAUUGGUAAUAAAGAAAUAUUAGAUUCUCCUGAACAACUUGAGGUUUUGAAGCAACAAAAGGAAAUUUGGGAAACUGGUAUAAAUAUGUUCAAUAGAAAGCCAAAAAAAGGUGUAUUAUUUUUACAAGAACAAGGAUUUUUGGGAGAAUCGAUUUCUGAUAUUGCUGACUGGUUGCACACUGAUGAUAGACUGGAUAAAACUUUUAUUGGUGAUUAUCUAGGAGAAAAUGAUGAUCAUUGUAAAUCAGUUAUGUGUGCGUAUAUAGAUGCCAUGGAUUUUGCAGAUCAAGACAUUGUAGCUUCAUUAAGAUAUUUUCUUGAAGGAUUUAGGUUACCAGGAGAAGCUCAAAAAAUUGAUAGAUUGAUGGAGAAGUUUGCAAGUAGAUAUUGCGAAUGCAAUCCUAAUAACGGCUUGUUUGCCAGCGCAGACACUGUUUAUGUUCUAGCGUUUUCAGUAAUUAUGUUAACAACAGAUCUACAUUCCCCGCAGGUUAAAAAUAAAAUGACAAAAGAACAAUAUAUUAAAUUGAAUCGAGGAAUUAGUGACAACAAGGAUUUGCCAGAUGAAUAUCUAUCACAAAUUUAUGACGAAAUUGCUGGUCAUGAAAUUAAGAUGAAAUCUGUGGUAAAUAAACCAGGAAAACAAAUCAUCGCAAAUGAAAAGAAACGUAAAUUGUUAUGGAAUAUGGAAAUGGAAGUAAUAUCAACUGCUGCUAAAAAUUUAAUGGAAUCUGUUUCACAUGUUCAAACUCCAUUCACUUCUGCUAAACAUUUAGAACAUGUUCGACCAAUGUUCAAAAUGGCGUGGACACCUUUCUUGGCAGCUUUUUCUGUUGGGCUUCAGGAUUGUGAUGAUACAGAAAUUGCAUCAUUAUGUCUUGAUGGAAUUCGAUGUGCUAUAAGAAUUGCUUGCAUUUUCCACAUGUCAUUGGAAAGAGAUGCUUAUGUGCAAGCUCUUGCACGUUUUACAUUAUUAACAGCCAAUUCACCAAUAACUGAAAUGAAAGCUAAGAAUAUUGACACUAUAAAAACUUUAAUAACAGUGGCUCAUACGGAUGGUAAUUACUUGGGAACAAGCUGGCUUGAUAUUUUAAAAUGUAUAUCUCAAUUAGAAUUGGCUCAACUAAUAGGAACAGGUGCAAGACCUCAGUACCUAUCUGGUUCGUCGCAUAAACCACCUGAUUUUAGCCUGAAUACUUUAGAUCCUACUGUAAAGGAACAUAUAGGGGAAACAAGUUCUCAAAGUGUAGUUGUAGCUGUUGAUCGCAUUUUCACAGGGUCUACCAGAUUGGAUGGAGACGCUAUUGUUGAUUUUGUAAAAGCUUUAUGUCAAGUUUCUGUUGAUGAACUGACUCAUACCAGGAUGUUUUCUUUACAAAAAAUUGUUGAAAUAUCGUAUUAUAAUAUGGGACGUAUUCGUUUGCAAUGGUCCAGAAUCUGGCAAGUGCUCGGAGAUCACUUUAAUGCCGUGGGAUGUAACCCUAGUGAAGAAAUAUCGUUCUUUGCCGUUGAUUCCUUAAGGCAAUUAUCUAUGAAAUUUAUUGAGAAAGGUGAAUUCGCAAAUUUCCGUUUCCAGAAAGACUUUUUAAGACCGUUCGAACACAUAAUGAAGAAGAAUAAUUCUCCAGUUAUACGAGAUAUGGUUGUACGUUGCGUAACUCAAAUGGUACAUUCACAGGCACAUAAUAUACGAUCAGGUUGGAAAAAUAUAUUUUCUGUAUUUUAUCUAGCAGCCGGCGAUCACAUUGAAGGUAUUGUGGAACUAGCUUUCCAAACGACUGGAAAGAUUAUCACAGAACUGUAUAAAAAACAGUUUCCGGCCAUGAUAGAUUCGUUUCAGGAUUCUGUGAAAUGUUUGUCUGAAUUUGCUUGCAAUGCUAGAUUUCCUGAUACUAGCAUGGAGGCUAUAAGACUGGUAAGAACUUGCGCACUGAGUGUUCAUUCGUCGCCACAUUUGUUCGCGGAACACGCAGGAAUGGAAGCGGAUAUAUCAGUAUCGGAAGAAGACAGAGUUUGGGUUAGAGGAUGGUUUCCGCUACUAUUUUCAUUAUCAUGUAUAGUAAAUAGAUGUAAGUUAGACGUUAGGACAAGAGGUCUGACGGUUUUGUUUGAAAUUGUUAAAACCCAUGGUGAGGCGUACAAGCCCCAUUGGUGGCGUGAUUUGUUUAAUAUUUUAUUCCGAAUCUUUGACAACAUGAAACUACCCGAACAGCAUACAGAGAAAGCUGAAUGGAUGACAACGACAUGUAACCAUGCUUUAUAUGCCAUAGUGGAUGUUUUCACGCAAUACUUCGAUGUAUUAGGUGAUUUGUUAUUGGAAGAGUUGUACACACAACUCCAUUGGUGCGUGCAGCAGAAUAAUGAGCAAUUAGCUAGAUCAGGCACAAACUGUUUGGAAAACCUAGUCAUAUCAAAUGGUUUGAAAUUUACGGAGCAAACAUGGGACAAAACGUGCCAGUGUAUGUUAGAUAUAUUCAAUAGCACCAUUCCGUCCGAUUUGCUCACAUGGACAUCAGACAAUGUGCAGAGUACACAAGCUGCACAAAAACCUUUAGAAAACGGAGAAGUGAGACAAGGGAUUUUAAAGAAAUCUAGCAGUCAACAUUCCUUACAUUCCGAAGACACCAAAAUCAAUUGUGAUAAUAAUGUGUUUUCAGCGUUAUUGAUAAAAUGUGUUGUUCAAUUAGAAUUAAUCCAAACCAUAGACGAUAUUGUUUUCUUUCCAGCAACAUCGCGCAAAGAAGAUGCCGAAACUUUAGCACUGGCGGCUGCAGAUAUGUCGGGGGGUCUCAACAAUCAAGCAGAAUGCCAACGAGAAGAACAAGGGAUGUAUCGUCUCCUGAGCUCUCCACACCUAAUUCAACUUACAGAAUGCUUAAUGCAAAGUCAUAGAUUUGCAAAAGUAUUCAAUGCCAAUCACGAACAAAGAAAUCUGUUGUGGAGAGCCGGAUUUAAAGGAUCCAUCAAACCAAAUCUUAUGAAACAAGAGACUCAAUCAUUGGCAUGCGUUUUGAGAAUUUUAUUUAAAAUGUAUGGAGAUGAGGCUAGAAGGCGUGAUUGGGCACAAGUUCAGUCCCAGCUUAUUAUUGUUUCUAAAGAAGCUUUAGAAUAUUUCUUGAGUCUGCAAAGUGAAUCCCAUAGGGACGCUUGGACAAACAUAUUACUGCUUAUUUUGAUGCGGAUACUGAAAAUGCCAGAUGAUAGGUUUGCUGCACAUGUUUCAAGUUAUUACAAUCUACUAUGUGAAAUUACAUGUUGUGACCUAAAGGCAGAAUUGCGAUCAGUGCUUCGGCGAGUGUUUUUGAGAAUUGGACCAGUGUUUUCAAUAACAUCAAAUACUCCUUCAUAACAAAAAGCGUAAGAUUUUUUAUUAUUAUAAUGAAUGUUGGUGCCCUAACAAGAGUUAUUAUGUACAUUAUGGAUGUUAAAUAAUAUAUACAAAUUGUAUAUAUAAAUAUAUAAUAGUAUUAGUGUAGUUAAUUAGAUAUAAUAGUUUAUACAGA